CCUUCCAGACUCCGCCACACCGCCCACGCACGGCGAAACGCUCGAAGCGAAUCCACCGAGAAACGGGACGGCGGGCGGAACCGAAUCGCUUCGAGAAUGAUGUACGGGGACGCCGGCGGCAUGGGCGGUAUGGACCUGGAAGCCGUGAACCGACAGUUCAUCGAGUUCCACGCCCUGGACUACAUCGACGUCGGCGCCUACGAGAAUCCCCACUCCCUCGGCGACCUGAGUUCCUCCCCUUGCUCCCCCUCCCCUCUGUCUUCCGACUCCUUCCUCUCCUCCGGCGUCUCCGCCCCCUCCAGGAGGCGGAAGAAGCGGCGAUUCAGAUGCCCCGCCGCCGCCCAGCAGCAGCGCCACGCUGCGAACAUGCGCGAGCGGAAGCGAAUGCAGAGCAUCAACGACGCCUUCGAGGGCCUCCGCGCCCACAUCCCCACCCUCCCCUACGAGAAGCGGCUCUCGAAGGUGGACACCCUGAAGCUGGCCAUCGGGUACAUCUCCUUCCUCUCCGACCUGGUCCACAACGACCGGACGGCCUCGACCGCAGAGCCGCCGUCUCACGCGCAGCAGCUCCAGCUCCAGCAUCGCAAGGUCUUCGUUCACAAUCCCAGAGGCGAAGUGGGGCAUUCCAUCAGCUGGUCGAGUGAUAAGGAAAACAGUAUGGGAGGGGUGAAACACGCCAAAGUGUGGACUCCCGAGGACCCCCGAGACGGGAAGUUGGAGCCCGUCCACCGAACCCCCAACAUGUGAUACACGAUUUUCCCUCGAUUUUUUCCCCGAUUUCAUCCUCAGUGAUACCGUGUGCUAGGCCCGCGUCCGCGUCCGAUCUAGUCCCCGCUCGUGAUCCCGAAAAUAAAAACCGGAAAACCAGACCCCC